AUGUUAGCAGCAGUGGUGUCCCAGGCCAGGGGCACUGAGUCAGAGCGCAUGUCCCUCAUUUCUUUGGACAGUGCCCUUCACACUGGGGGACUUGUACCCUUUCUGUUUUUAAGGAAAGAAGGAUUGUCCAAAUGUGGAAGAUGCAAGCAGGCAUUUUACUGCAAUGUGGAGUGUCAGAAAGAAGAUUGGCCCAUGCACAAGUUGGAAUGUUCUCCCAUGGUCGUUUUUGGGGAAAGUUGGAAUCCAUCAGAGACUGUAAGGCUAACUGCAAGGAUUCUGGCCAAACAGAAAAUCCACCCAGAGAGAACACCUUCAGAGAAAUUGUUAGCCGUGAAGGAGUUUGAAUCACAUCUGGAUAAGUUAGACAAUGAGAAGAAGGAUUUGAUUCAGAGUGACAUUGCUGCUCUCUAUCAGUUUUACUCCAAGCACCUUGAAUUCCCCAACCACGAUAGCCUCGUGGUGCUAUUUGCACAGGUUAACUGUAAUGGCUUCACAAUUGAAGAUGAAGAACUCUCUCAUUUGGGUUCAGCGAUAUUUCCUGAUGUUGCAUUGAUGAAUCAUAGCUGUUGCCCCAAUGUCAUUGUGACCUACAAGGGGACCCUGGCAGAAGUAAGAGCUGUACAGGAAAUCAGCCCAGGAGAGGAGGUUUAUACCAGCUAUAUUGACCUCCUGUACCCAACAGAAGAUAGGAAUGACCGGUUAAGAGAUUCUUAUUUCUUUACCUGCGAGUGCCAGGAGUGCACCACCAAAGACAAGGAUAAGGCCAAGGUGGAAAUCCGGAAGCUCAAUGAUCCCCCAAAGGCAGAAGCCAUUCGUGACAUGGUCAGAUAUGCUCGCAAUGUCAUUGAAGAGUUCCGGAGGGCCAAGCACUACAAAUCCCCUAGUGAGCUGCUGGAGAUCUGCGAGCUCAGCCAGGAGAAGAUGAGCUCCGUGUUUGAGGACAGUAAUGUGUACAUGUUACACAUGAUGUACCAGGCCAUGGGCGUCUGCUUGUACAUGCAGGACUGGGAAGGAGCCCUGCGAUAUGGCCAGAAAAUCAUUAAGCCCUACAGGUGA